GUUGCCCAGCUUGUAGCGAGAGCGAGAUCGCGAAGCGAGGGCGGAGCAGGCUGGAGAGAGCGCUUGUCCGCGCCGUCGAGCAGGCGCCACUGAGCCGCGGCUGUGCGUAAAGACGCAUCAAGCACACUUUUGGUUUUCUACUCUUUACGAGAGAACCCCAAGCGUCCUCUCCAAUGGAGCUGCUGCUUUUGCUGUGGGCCCCGCUGGUGGGCCUCUGGUGCGGGCUCUGCGUGGCGUCCGGAGAGCGGCACACCGUCUUUUGGAACAGCACCAACCCUAAGUUUCAGUGGGAUAGCUAUGCCGUCGAGGUGCGGCUGAACGACUACCUAGAUAUCAUAUGCCCGCACUACGAGGACAGCAGCGUGGCUCCCCACUCGAUGGAACGCUACACCCUAUACCUGGUGGAGCAGGAGGAGUACGAGACCUGCAAACCGCGCUCGAAGGAGCAGAUCCGGUGGGAGUGCAACAAGCCAGGUGCCCUGCACGGACCCGAGCGGUUUUCGGAGAAAUUCCAGCGCUACACUCCCUUCACGCUGGGCAAAGAGUUCCGGGAGGGCCACGAGUACUAUUAUAUCUCGAAACCUAUCCAUCACCACGGAGAAUCUUGCCUUAAAUUGAAAGUCAUGGUGGCUGGAAGAAAUGGUCGGAUGCCCCCCAGCCGCAGCCCCACCCUGAAGGGGAGACCUCUGUCAGACGACCCUGACGCAACGAUGCUCCGCAGCGUGGGGCACAAUUCGGCCCCCCGUCUCUGCUGCCCCUUCACCUUCGUCCUCCUCCUCCUGCCGCUGCUGAUGCCGCAGGGGCCCUGAUGACACCCACUUCCCCAGCUUGAGCCAUCAGCAAAGGGGGCAGCGCCUGUUCUGUUGCCGCCACCACCCCCCCAACACAGUGUGGUGUGGGGGACGCGAGUCUCCACGCGCCCGCAAUGCCUCCCGUGCGAUGCGGUGGUGCACCAGUCAGUUUUAGCAGGCUGAGCGCCGGGAUCAAAUCGCCGGCAGCCCUACGAGGGAUGUGGCUGGUGGGGUCUGGGACUGGUGAGGGGUCUUGUGGACAGAUAUCUCCCUCCAGCGGACAGACAUGGACCAGAUGAGGACUCUCUUUGGCUCACCGGCGGCCAACAAGGCUUGUUGGAUGGAUCCGGCCCUGCCACAAAGGUUGUGGCGGAGUUUCCUGCGGGCAGGAAUGCCACCUCGUAUCGUGCCCCGUUGGUGGUGCUUGUGGACUUUUGGUGGCACCAUGAAACUGGAACCACACAGUUACCUUGGGACUAUGUACAGUGCAAAAAAACAUUAUGUGACUAUGAAACAGGCAGGCCCUGGAAUUUUUGGAGUGGGGAGGAAUCCCCUGUUUUGUGUGUCCCGUUUUGACGACUCCUCUUCCCCCUGCCUCCGCCCACAGUUCAGAAGACAGCUGCCUUGGAUAAAACUGGAGACCAGUUGUGUUGAGGGUGUGUUGCCCUGUUAGAUCAGACUGAGGGGUUCACUUGGUCCAGCAUCCUGCUUCUGACAGUGGUCAGCCAUUUAUCUCCAGGAAGCGCUACCAGUCCUCCCCGUGCUGCCACCAUCAGCUUCUGGUAUACUGCCUCUGCCCAGGGAGGUUUCAUUUUCAAGUCUGGCAGGAUGGUGAACAUUUUGUGUCUUGUGUACGCAAACCUGCUGAGGACAGCAAAGGGCAAUACCUCUGUUUGACACACGGUGAUAUUCAAUCACAAGGACAGAUAAAUAAUGGGGGAGGAUUCUGUGUGCGGAGGGGAAGGGGAG